AUGUCUGUAGACAUAAAAGACACAAUAGGAGCUGUUUUUCUACCCCUUUUGACUAAGGAGCAAAUAAACGAUAACUUGAAAAGUAUUCCAGUUGAGAUUAGAUCAAAAAUAAGAAUGGUCCAUAUCGGAGCUGUAAAAAUUUUGAUAAAAUCUCAAUUCCAAGCAGGAAUAAAUUCUCCCAUAAAAAUGGCCUUAAUUGACAACAGGAUCACUGACCGACAGGACUGCAUCUUAGGUGCUGCUAAAGGAAACCUUGCUUACCAAAAGUUUAUGUUUUCAGUCUAUCCAAAGUUUGCUCUGGAUUUGAAAUCUGCAAAUAUAGAUAAAACCUUAUCUUUUAUACAUCACUUUGAGAGAAGUGACCUUAUGAGUCCAGGUGAUAAACCAUUUACAAUAACCUAUCUCAUAGGAUAUGCCCUGACCAAUAGCCACCAUAGCAUAGACUACAAGAAAGACGAGUACAUCGAACUUGACGACGUCUUCUCAGAAAUUGGCCAUGUCAAAGAUAAGCAAUUCUACGACAUAAAUCCUCAAGAAAACUCUUGGGUUUUAAAUAUAGCUAGAAAUAAAAAAGCUCUAGGAGAAAAUCUUAGACCAAGAAUUUCUAUAGAUUCACUCCACGUAGGAGAAAGCUCAGAAAGAAAAGAUAGUAACUUAAUAAGAAACAUGUCUUUAAAAAUUGAUAGUCUACGUCAGAAUAUCAAACAAAUCACUGAGAUUAUAAAUGAGUAA